AUGGACACUGCUUUAAUGUCAUCUGAUUUUCCUCCUCUUGGUAUGUCUUCGGGUGUUCAGGUUUGUCAGACUACCAAGAGUUGGAACAAAGUUUUUGAGUCGGAUAACUCUUCUCAAAAAUCUCUAAAGUUCUCCCACUUCCCUUCGGAACCGGACAUCAUUCCCUUUUAUGGAGAGAAACUUUCCAACGGAGGCGAAUAUUGGAAGCUCUGCCUUGUUAGUUACUCUAUAGAGAGACGUCCAUAUUACGAGGCUUUGCUGGGCGCUAUCAAAAGAACAUGGAGCUUAAAAGGCUCUGUGCAGCUCCUCUCCCUUAACGAUGGAUUUUUUCUCCUUCGUUUCUCUUGCGUGGAGGAUUUCGACAUGGUCUGGUCGCGAGGUGUGUGGUUCCUUUUGGGGAAACCCUUUGUUCUUCAAAAAUGGCACCCGAAGUUUGUUCCUAAGAGGGUGGAUUUUGCUACGGUCCCUAUUUGGGUGAAGAUUCACGAUCUUCCCCUCGCCUGUUGGAACUCAGAGGGGAUUUCCCGGAUCGCCAGUAAAAUCGGAAUUCUGGUUGCUGCCGACAAUCUGACCGAGAUGAAGACGCGACUUACUUAUGCUCGGGUUUGUGUGCUUGUUGACUGCAAUGCAUUAUACCCUAAGGAGAUCAAAGUGUCGCUGGAUGGAGACGUUGUCACACUGAAAGUUCAAUACGAAUGGAGACCUUUUCCUUGCGAACACUGUAAGUCGUUAAUGCAUUUAUCUUCUGCUUGUCCGUCCAAACCAAACUUGGAUUCUAAUCCUCAAAAUAAGGAGUUGCCUUCUAAUCGGGGUAGAAGUCAUAGCAGAAAGCCGCGUUUCAGGCCUCAUUCUAGGCCUCAAAACACUUCUAAGUCUCCAGUUACUAAUGCCGUCCUCCAGAAUCCUACUACUAAUACUACUGUCCCAGCCUCGGAAUAUUUGUAG